ACCAGUGACUGAUUUGUCAUCAUAAUCGUAAUAAACUCAUUUAAAGCAAAAGAUCAUAUGAGUAAAAUAUUCUAUUGAAUAUCAUUAGUUCGAGUGGUUAGAUUACAAAAUGGUGAUAAUUAAAAUUACAGUGAUAUUUUUUUUGUUAGUGUCAAUGUGUUAUGAAGGAACAAAUUGCUCUCCAGUCGAGUUUGAAAAACCAGAAAGUCGAGCAUCUUUGAAAGCUAGACCUUUUGAAGUAAAAGAUUGUAAACAACACUUGAGCGCAAGAACAGGCUUUAAAUGUUUUGCUUAUAUGGAGCGAUAUCAGUGGAGCAACUCAAAACAACAAUGUAUCCUAGCUAUAUACGGAGGAUGUAAUCCGACCAAGAACAAUUUUUUUACUCUUGAAGAAUGCCAAAAAGUAGCAACUCCCAUUUGCUUAAAUAAAUAGCCUAAGAGUUGCUUUUAAAGUUAAAUUUGUUUCCAUGAAUAAUUAUAUAACGAAAAUUAAUAAUAAUUUCGAUUUUUAUCGGAUUUUAUUGAAUACGGGCACAUAAAGUCUUAACGAGUAAUAUUUUUUUUAUUCUGUACACGGUAACGGUGCGUAUUGUAUUAUCUCAAUGUAUUAUCAAAAAAGCAAUAAAAA